GCCCGCCGCCGCGCCCGCACAGUAGUGCCGCACCACGCGACUAAUGGCGCCCAAACGGGGACUCCGGUGCCGCGGCUAAUUGGUGGUGGGCAGCGAACCGCCUCAGAGCAGUCACACAUGCUGACGAUAUGGAUACAGUAUGGCCGCGGCACAUUGGCUCAACUCGGUCGGCUAUCUGUCUCUGUCACUGCUAUGCCUGCUCGCGACGACCCUCCAGGUCACCAGCGUGGUCGCGGGGGAGGCCACGGAGCCCUCGAGCGCGGCCUCGCUGGCGGAACCCUCGCCUACUAAGCCUCCAAAGUGCGACCGCACGUUCGUGAGCCGGGGCGGCGGCAGCAACGGCACGUUCAGCGCGCCGGAGCUGAGCAACCCGCUCAACCAGACGCGCCAGUGCCUCUACACGUUCCUCGCCGCGCCCGGACAGCGCGUGCUCGUCGAGUUCCGCACCUUCGACCUCCGGGGCAAGCCGCCAGAUGGCGCGGCGGUGGGGGAGCUGCCAGCAUGCGUGCACGAGUACAUGGACAUAUACUCGGAGAUGGCGAGCCUGGAGGCGGGCGAGCUGGUGAACUCGGCGUUCGGUGGGCGGUACUGCGGGCCGAUACCACCGCGCCGCCGCGUGUCGCUGCACCGCGCGGUCGCGCUCGCCUUCUUCACCGACCACGCUCACACACCCACCACGCUCUUCACCGGGACCUAUCAGUUUAUAAAUGCCUCGGAGUUCGAAGUGGGCACUCCGGUACCGAACACGCUGUGCUCGUUCGUGAUCGAGGCGGGCAAGUGGCGCACGGGGCUGCUGCUGUCGCCCACCUACCCCGGCAUCUACCCCAAGGACGUGACGUGCAACUACCAGUUCGUGGGCGCGCCCGGCCAGCGCAUACGCCUGGAGUUCCGGGACUUCGAUCUGUUCUUCGGCGGGCCGCAUUGUCCUUUCGACUGGGUGCGCGUGUACGACGGCGCCGACAACACGUCCGCGAUCAUCGGCACGUACUGCGGGCAGCAGCGCAACCUGGUGCUGUACUCCAGCCACGAGCGCCUGCUGGUGACGUUCUUCACGCUGCAGCGCGCCGCCAACACGCAGAACCGCGGCUUCAAGGGCAUCUUCGAGUUCUCCGAGAGCUUCGUCAAGUUAGAUUUUAUAAGCAAGCACGACGCGGAACACAUCCGGGGCUCGGAGUGCGAUCAGAAGAUCCUCAGCAAGAAGGAGUCCACCGGCUUCGUCUACCAUCCCAACUAUCCAUUCCUCUAUAUACAAAAAGUUGUUUGUAGAUAUUUUAUAUAUGGCAUGCAAGACUCACAGAACUUGGAGAGAGUGCGACUGGAGUUCCAGAACUUCUCGAUACCGAAGGCGGGAGAUGCUAAGCCAGACACCUGCCCAGACGGCUACCUCAAGGUGUACCUCCGAGGUCAGGAGGCGACGGAUUCCUACGACAAGCAUGACGCGGAGCUGUGCGGGGAGGCGUCCCCCGGCCCCCCCGCCUUCCCCCCGCCGCUGCUGUCCGACGGCCCCCGCCUCGUCAUGGUGUUCAGCUCCGGCGAGCUCCAGGGACGAGGGUUCAAGGCUAAAUACACGUUCGAGACAGAAUACCGCGUCCCCGGCACGGCGGCUCCAGGCGGCGAAUGCGCGUUCACGUACCGCUCGGAGGCCAAGAAGAGCGGCGAGUUCAACUCCCCCCGCUACCCCUCCAACUACCCCUCUCGCACCAACUGCACGUAUACUCUGGUGGCGGCACCCAAUGAGCAGGUCACCGUCGUGUUCGACCACUUCAAGGUGCGUGCUGAUAGCUGGAACGCCACCGCUGGGUUGUAUGGGGGUGCCACAUGCACGGAGGACUGGCUGGAGGCGUGGUGGACUGGGCGCGAGGGUUCUCGCGUGCCAUUAGGGCGCUGGUGUGGCCCUGCGACCCCAGGGCCGCUACAGUCGCCGCGAGGCGCCCUAGGGCUACUCAUUGCUCUGCACACGGACCACGACUCGGUGGCAUCUGGAUUCAAAGCAAGAUACAUAUUUGAGCCGGCGAAGUCCAUAUUCGGCGACUGCGGCGGCAACGUGUCGGGGUCCGCGUGGGGCGCGGUGUCGUCGCCGCGGUACCCGCUGCCGUACGAGAAGCCCGAGCGGGGGGCGGCGGCGCGCGUCUGCAACUGGUUCAUCACGGCGCGCCCCGGCCGCCGCCUGCUCAUCAACUUCGACCACUUCGCUGUGGAGGGACAUCUCACUGAGCGUGGCUGCCCGGCGGCGGUGCUGCGGCUGUGGUACGAGAGCCCGGGCCCGCCGCUCGAGCUGUGCGGGGAGAAGGCGCCCGCCGACCGCUGGCAGUACCUCUCCUCGUCCAACUCCAUACGACUCUCGUUUAUAAUAGCAGACAAGUCAGUGGGCGCGGGGGGCUGGCGCGCCGUGUGGACGGAGGUGACGGUGGGCAGCACGGCCGGCAUCGGCAGCGAGUGUCCGGCGGCCUGCGCCGGCGCCUGCCUGCCGCCGCGCGCCGCCUGCUCCGGCCUGCAGCACUGCGCCGGCGCCGCGCUCGUCAAGCCCGCCUACUGUUAGUAUACCCCCCGCCCGACCGACACCGUACUCCGCGACUAUAAUCGAGAAUUUCAACUUGAAGGAUGACUCUCCGAAGCUAAUAUUUUUACAACUCUCGGCCUACAAAAUUACGAAUUGGCGUUACCUCACUGCCUCCCCGAAAGCUUAAAUUUUAGAAUUCUCCGCACAUUGGCACUACCCAGCUCUCUGCAACUGACACGAGAACGUUGACGUAAUCUUCCCAAAAUUAUGGUAGAAUUAGAUCACUACUGAUUGAGCAACUACUUAGAUCGAUUAGCAUAGACGAUAGCAAAUAGAUAUUUAAUAUGUACCAACCGACGUAGCGAGCGGGUUCAUCGUGUCUCGCAGCCCCGGCCCCACGUUGGGCGCCAACGCGUGUUCCGUGCCACGUAUCCAAUAUCUAUAUGCUUCUUAUGUUUCCUUGAUUGGCUAAAUGUUUGGUAAGCUUGUUAAAACGUUUUCUAAAUUCCGGCCUUGGCUAUUAAACUAAAAACUAUUCUAAAUUUUAAAAGUGUUCGUAUGUCGUGCACACUUUGAAAAUAUUACACGAUGUCACCUGUGCAUUUCGUUGUUGCAAAAUAUUAAAACCUUAAUACGAGUUUUAAAUUGUAGUGUGUAAAGGAGUAACCAGUAAUUUAAGAGUUGAAUGUGUGUAUUGUGUGAAUUGAUAUUAUCGUAGAUAGUUUCACAGUGAAAUGAGUAUUCAAAUAGAGGAGAUAUUAUACCGUACCUACUAUUCGACCAAAUGUACGAUUAGUUAGAAUUAAGGUUUUCGCGAGAUCGAACAUUCAUUAUAUCACAAAAAAAAGAAUUACUUUAAAGGAGAGGCUAGAUAGGGGCAUACCCAAUAACAUUUUUUGUUACAACAUUCCAGUAAUAAGGAUAAGUAUUAUGUAGGUACACCUGCAAAAUUGUGUAUUACUUGGCUAUUAAGCUAAGACACCACAGACAAAUGUUGUGACAAAGGUAAGUGCAGUCAGUAGGAUAAGUUAACUUACAACUAGAAUUUCUUUGGUCGAUUAGUAGGUUUCAAUAAAAAUAGUAGCUGAAAUAAAGUGUUCUAUGUCAUGUUGAAUUUCAAGUUAAACAAUAUUAUGUAGUUUACCUAAUAAUAACAAUAGUGUUUUUAACAAUAAUUAUCUCAAAAUAAACACUGUUUGCUCCUUUUAUUGAUCUAAAUGUAAGAAACUGUAUGUAUAAAUUGUAUAACCUUAACAUGUUUCUUAAAAGUUAAAUAACAUUUACUGUACCUUCUCAGUAUUUUAAGGAUUCAAUGCAAUCUUUGUCUCAGAGGACCUGUAACGAAAUCGGUAGGUGUUAGAAUUUUGACAAUUUAUUAAUUGUUGAUAAUAUCAUAAUAAUAUAUUGACGAUGUUGCAAGAU